AAGAAAGCACUCUAUCUGAUCAAGCACCUCCUCCUCUGUUGAUACAACAACAAUGGGUCAGGUCAGGGGCUGAGUUGCAAGACUAGUCAAGAGCAGGGGCUGUUUGCUGCUGUUCAGUUGGGCGAUUUACAGACUGUUAAGGCAGUUUUUGAAAGGAAUCCAACUCUCAUUCAUCAUUCUACGGUGUCCUUUCAUUCCUUCUGGAGCAUUCGAUGCAGCCGGAUUUGUUGAAUCGGAAUAAACAGACUCCAUUGAUGUUGGCUGCAAUGCAUGGCAAGAUCUCAUGCGUGACCAAGCUUAUUGAAGCAGGAGCCUAUAUUCUGAUGUUUGAUUCCGUGAACGGAAGAACCUGUUUGCACCAUGCUGCAUACCAUGGUCACUCAGAUUGUGUUGAAGUUAUUCUGUCUGCAGCCCGUAGCUCUCAGGUGGCGGCUUCAUGGGGAUACUCUCGUUUUGUGAAUGUUAGAGACCACAAAGGAGCGACGCCGCUGCACUUAGCUGCACGCCAGAGGCGCCCUGGAUGUGUUCACGUAUUGUUGCAAAAUGGAGCUCUUGUUAGUGCUUCAACUUGUGGAUACGGCUUCCCUGGAAGUAGUCCUCUUCAUUUGGCUGCAAGAAGUGGUUCUCUUGAUUGCAUACGAGAGUUGCUCGCUUGGGGCGCUGAUCGCCUUCAAACAGACACCUCAGGGAAAAUACCAUAUGUAGUAGCAUUAAGGAAACAGCAUGGAGGGUGUGCAGCUCUGCUGAAUCCAUCCUCCGCAGAGCCUCUGGUGUGGCCGUCGUACUUGAAAUUCAUGAGCGAGCUGACCGGGGAGGCAAACGCCCUCUUGGAGUGUGCUCUGAUGGAAGCCAACAGGGAGAAGGAAAGCGCGUCAGAUUGUGCGGCCGACAGUUUAUCAGAGGCAAGCGACACAGGGGUAUGUGGCAUAUGCUUUGAGGAAGCGUGCACCAUCCAAGUUCAAGAAUGCGGGCACACCAUGUGUGCGCAUUGCACGCUUGCAUUGUGCUGCCACAACAAGCCUAAUCCGAACCAGGCCACGCUGUCUCCUUGUGUACCGGUGUGCCCCUUUUGCAGGAGCAGCAUUGUGAAACUGGUGCCCCUUUUGCAGGAGCAGCAUUGUGAAACUGAUGCUGUCAAGUGCUACAACCAUUUGUUAGACAUCGGCUUGCUUAUUUGAUUUGGGAAAAUGAUCAAAGCAUGUAGUAUUAGUUUGCAAGUGAGUUUAUUGUAACAUAUUUAUACGAUUGGCCCCCACUUGAUUGAGAUUGAGGCAUUGAGGAAUGACUUAUUUCAAAUACCCAAAAAUGUCUGAAUUGUCUUUUAAGCAUGUCGAGAGGUGAUCAUUUGUGAAA